AUGGACGCCAUUGAAAAGCUCACAGAACGGACUGCCGCCUCAAUUCAAGCAUCCCUGCUUGCGGUCAAAGUCGAGGACGUCUGUCGCAUUCUCUUUCGACAUGCCCUCCAGAGCAAUUACAAGCUCUUCAGGAACUCUGCAGGCAAAAUCAGCCUGUCUGUCGACUACGCUACCUGGACCAUCACUCUGUCCCACCAAAUAGAUCCUGGCAGCCAACUUUCUUCUCACUCAAGCUUCGAAGCGACUGAAACUGAACAAGACGAGCUAAGCCUGCUCUCUCAUCUCGGACUCGUUCACAUCACCUUGACUUCCUCAUCCGGCACUGAGGCUUGCAUCUGGCAGGAGGGUCACCGUACCCUGUCAGAACUACCUUCCACGCCGCUUGUCGCGCCUCCGUCUUCAAGCGGAGAUGCCUCCAUUAGAGGAGUCACAAUAUCCGUUCAUGACGUCUUUCACGCCAUGCCCGUACGUCGCCGGCUCAUCCUAUCCGAGGCUGAAAGGAAGAGUCGCAUGGAUUCGCUCGCUCAUUGCCUUCGAGAGCUUUCCUUGCUGACGCCCGAGGCAACUUUCAAGGCCAGCGUUCAAAAUGCUGCUCCGUCAGACGGCAGCUUGCCGGCUUUCAAGGAUCUUCUCCGCCUACCUAGAGCCAAAAGUCUUCUGCAUCGCUGCCGAGCUGCGCUCGGAGCCAACGACCUCGACUCGAACCGCAUGCAAACAAUCUCACAGGAGCGCUCUUUCGCCGCCGUCAAGAUAAGGGUCGAUGGGUUCAUCUGCCCAGCAUUGACAGCGCACGUACCACAGAUCAUCUUCCUUCAAGGCCGCAUCUGGCCUGGUUCCAACAUACCAAGCGGCUUGGAACAUUCAGAUCGAGACUCUGCGGUCUUUGCCUCGCUUCUAUCGACCUUCCAGUUGGGCUGGACUGAAGAAGUCGCAUCCAGACGUGCAAGGCAUCACCUCCUCUCACCCGACCUGUAUCGGAAGGUCAACCAACGCAUCUUGGCUCUGCCAGAAUCCGGGCGUGAGAGAAGAGUACCACCAAACUUUGCUUUCGUUCUUCGGAUCACUUUGACCAAAGGAGCUCAAGCUAUGGCACAGCCAGAAGGGGCACCUGCUUUGGAUGCCGCUUCUUUUGAAGCGACGUUGCUCGAUGCGAUCUCCAGUGGAACCUCUGAGACCAACGACACUGGUUCGGAAACAUCACGGAAGCGCAAGCGUUCGAGCAGAUCUAGCACCGCUGGCCAAGCACAAUGCUCCACUCCAGCCGUGUCGCCAAUCAAGACUCGUCCUGCAACGUCAUCUUUGGCGACCGAGUCACCAAGCCAAGGAGGUGAAGCACCAGACGGCAUGGUCGAAUGGUGCGACCCUGUCAACGGUCGACUAUUCCACCUGGAUCUGCGCACAGGGCAUAGCAUCCCUGUCAAUCCAAGUUCGUCGACGAAGAGGACCGCGGCAUCACCACGAGUCAGCGCAGUACGUCAAGGGAUCGUCGUAGAUCUCUCAAGUCUCAGAAGGGGUCUCGCCUUGUCUGUAUCAAAGGGAGGAGCACAAACCAUUCCUGUAGGGGACAGUGAUGACGAGUUCGAUGAUCCGAGCUUGGAUGCUGCGCUCGCCUCCAUCCCGUCUCCAUCUCGAGCUGCUAUGGUCGACGUCUCUCGGCAAAGCCGUUUUUUCGAUUCGAGGCGACCUGAGUCCAGAUCUGGAGUCCAUCCUCUACGAAAUGAUCAGGAUGUUGAUCUUGACGAAGCUGCCCAAGGGCUUGCGGCGACCGAGCUCGAGCUCGCGAUCUCACGCUCAGACCUGCAGGAUGCUCAGGUUCUUGAUCAGGUCGAUGGCAAGUUCAUCCUCUGCACUACAUCGCCAUCUCCCAUCUCGGAGAAUUGGGAGCCGGUACUGUUCUGCAUCGAUCAACAUGCUGCGGACGAACGAUGUCGACUUGAGCGGCUACUCGAUGACUAUGUCAAGGGCUGUAAGGAGGGCACAGCAGCUCACGCUCUACCAGCGACACUGACACUCGCAAUCACAGUCAAGCAGUACGAGCUCAUCACAUCGAACGCAGGAAACAAGCAAGGCCUGGCCAAGCUGGGCUGGGUGAUUGAAAAGGCUCUCAUGGUACACGCCGAGCUUGGUCACGCGCAGGUGGAUCUCAGAGGCGUGCCAUAUGUGCUCAGAGAGCGUACACUCACCGACAAAGGAAGGGUGAAGGAUCAAGGACUGCUGCACUCUGUCUUUGUUGCUUGCCUGGACGAGCUGGCAACAUCGCCUUCUCCCUCUGCUAAGGUCAUGGUUGACAAAUGGGGAUCAGACUGGCUCACAGCGUCUCGCACCAUCCCGACUGCUCUGAUGGACAUCAUCAAGAGCACGGCCUGUCGCAGCGCCAUCAUGUUCAAUGAUCCGCUGAGCCAGGAGGCCAGUGAAAGGCUGGCUAGGAGGCUAGCCGAAUGCAGGUUUCCGUUUCAGUGUGCUCAUGGACGGCCCAGCUUGGUGCCUUUGUGCGAGAUCAAAACCAGGCAACAGCGGGCUGGUGAUGCUGAAGAUCUCAUCUCUUACAACGAGAUAAUGCAAUGCUAG